CAGAUCUUGCCUAUGAGUGAGGAGGAACUCCGGCGCGACUACGAGAUCGGCGAGGAGAUCGGGCGCGGCCGCUUCGGCGUCGUCCACCGCUGCGCCUCCCGCUCCAGCGGCAACCUCUACGCCGUCAAGUCCGUCGACCGCUCGCGCCUCGCCGACGACCUCGACCGCGGCCUGGCCGAGCUGGAGCCCAAGCUGGCGCGCCUCGCCGCCGCGGGCAACCCGGGCGUCGUGCAGGUGCACGCCGUCUACGAGGACGACGCGUGGACGCACAUGGUCAUGGACCUCUGCACGGGGCCCGACCUGCUCGACUGGGUCCGCCUCCGCCACGGCGCGCCGGUCCCGGAGCCCGAGGCCGCCGCCGUCGCCGCGCAGCUCGCCGACGCCCUCGCCCUCUGCCACCGCCGCGGCGUCGCGCACCGCGACGUCAAGCCCGACAAUGUGCUCCUCGACGUCCCUGCCGCCGGCGACGGGCCCGUGCGGGCCCGGCUCGCGGACUUCGGGUCCGCCGCCUGGGUCGGCGGCGGGGAGAGCGCGCGGGGCCUCGUCGGCACGCCGCACUACGUGGCGCCCGAGGUGAUUGCGGGGGGCGAGUACGGGGAGAAGGCCGACGUGUGGAGCGCCGGGGUCGUCCUCUACGUGCUGCUCACCGGCGGCGCGUUCCCGUUCUGCGGCGAGACGGCCUCCGACGUGUUCGCGGCCGUGCUGAGGGGGAGCCUUAGGUUCCCGCCCAGGAUCUUCUCCGGCGUGUCGCCCAUGGCCAAGGACCUGCUGAGGCGCAUGAUCUGCCGCGACGUCUCCAGAAGGUUCUCAGCCGAGCAGGUCCUCAAGCACCCAUGGAUCCUGAGCGGCGGAGGAGCCCGAGAUGAGGUGGUGGAGCCAACCUGAAGAAGAACCCAGGUCGUCGUCAACAACGACUGUUACCGUAGAGACAACAACAACGUUCUUUCGUCUUCAACCUCUGUACAUGCGAGUGUGCGAUGAUGCAGUAGAGAUUAUCGACUGUCGAGUACUACCAUUGUAUCAAAUCCAGGAGUGCUGAAGAAGAGAUCUUAGGCUUUAGCUCGAUCUCUUUUUUCCCUCUUUCUUUUCUACUAGGCCCUUUUUUUCUGCCUUGGUACGAGAACGCCUACCUGUUCGAUCGGUUUUCCUGUGGCGGGGAUGCUGAUGUACAUACUAACCCUUCAUGUAUAAAUUUAUAUAUGAAGUAGUAGUUGGUCUUUCUGUGGUUCUUCGUCUCAUUUUGCUCAAAAAGUUUUAAGCU